AUGGCUUCGGGAAGCGUUCGAAGAUGGCAGCAGAUAAUCCAGGAACUCAUUCUCAUAGCUGGCACAUCUCUUUCUACGUACUUUGUUGUCAGAUUCCUCCUUUCACGGUUAGAACUUGACCCCGAAAGCCAGAAGCGCGAGGAUGCCAAACGAAAAUCGGCUGCCAUAUUACGACGACUGGACCGCGAAGAAGAUUCAGACGACAGCUCAAGCAGCCGCAAAAGAAAAGCUCACAAGUCGAAAAAGGAAACCCUUGAGCUUACACAAUAUGAACAAGCCAUUGCGAUGGACGUCGUCGCGCCGGAGGAUAUUUCCGUUUCCUUCGAGGACAUCGGUGGCCUUGACGACAUUAUAGAAGAGUUAAAGGAAUCAGUAAUAUAUCCAUUGACGAUGCCGCACCUGUAUCGAUCGUCGUCAACUCUUCUCAGCGCCCCCUCUGGCGUCCUUCUGUACGGACCACCCGGAUGCGGCAAAACUAUGUUAGCAAAAGCCCUGGCGCAUGAGAGUGGAGCAUGUUUCAUCAAUCUACACAUUUCAACUUUAACAGAGAAGUGGUAUGGAGAUUCGAAUAAACUGGUCAAUGCUGUAUUUUCCUUAGCCCGAAAACUAGAACCAAGCAUUGUGUUCAUCGACGAAAUUGAUGCCGUCCUGGGAACUAGGCGAAGUGGAGAGCACGAAGCUAGUGGCAUGGUGAAAGCUGAAUUUAUGACUCACUGGGAUGGAUUGACCUCUGCCAAUGCUGCCGGCCAGCCGCAGCGACUUAUGGUACUUGGGGCAACGAACAGAAUACAGGAUAUCGACGAAGCUAUCCUACGACGAAUGCCCAAGAAAUUCUCCGUCACGCUACCAGCGGCUGCUCAAAGACUGAGGAUAUUGGGUUUGGUGCUGAAGGGCACCAAAGUCGACAGGGAAAAUUUUGAUACACAGCUACUGGUCUCAGCUAUGGCUGGUAUGUCUGGAAGCGACAUCAAGGAAGCCUGCCGCGAUGCUGCUAUGAUACCGGUUCGGGAAUUGAUACGGCAGAAUCGGAACUCGAUUCAGUCUGUAAAUCCCGACAAUGUUCGGGGCUUGAGAACUGAUGACUUUUUUCGAAAAGCUGGCGGUGUUAAACCUAGCUUGACGUUUUCCCCAACAACGAAACGAGCACUGAGUAAAACACAACCCGAAAAGGAAUGGUCAACAGAGUCAGAGCUCGAGGACGAUGCUGUGGCGGACAAACUCCCGAUCGCGGAGGGCCCUGACUGA